AUGGCUCCUUCCUACAUUUUGGUCAUGCUAAUGGCCACCAUCCUGUUGCUGAUCCCGUUCAUGGCUGUUUCAUCUAUUGCUUCAAGCAACGACAGCGACCUUGCGGCGCUGGAGGCUUUCAAGUCGCAGCUAUCCGAUCCCUUGUCCAUCCUGAGAAAUAACUGGACAAGCGAUGUGUUCUUCUGCCGCUGGAUCGGCGUGACGUGCAGCCGCCGUUACCAAGGGCGUGUCACUGCUUUGAAGCUGCUAGACAUUCCCCUCCAAGGAGAGCUCAGCCCUCACCUCGGUAAUCUCUCUUUCCUCCAAGUCCUCAACCUCACCAACACGGCCCUCACUGGUCCCAUCCCAGCUGAUCCUGGAAGAUUAGCCCGUCUUAGAUAUCUUUAUCUUGGCCACAAUAAUCUAACUGAUAUAAUACCGCUUACUAUAGGAAACCUCACCAUGCUCCAAUCCAUGGUCCUAAAUUUCAACCAGCUCUCUGGGCAGAUCCCCAAUGAGUUGCGGAACAUGCGUAGCCUCAGGUACCUCUCUCUAGAAAGAAACUACAUAAGCGGCCUGAUACCUAAUUUCUCAUUCGACAGCAUGCCUAUACUAAGCCGCAUAUACAUUCACAAUAACAGUCUGUCUGGGCCAAUACCAUCUGGUAUUGGUUCCUUGCGCAUGCUCCAGCUUCUAGACUUGAGACGUAACCAACUCUCUGGUCCAGUACCACCAACCAUCUUCAACAUGUCUAGACUUGUCGCCAUUGGUCUGGCCUCCAACGAUCUAACUGGUCAUAUUCCUAGCAAUACAAGUUUUAGUCUACCCAUGUUACAAGUACUAGCUCUAUAUGAUAACAAAUUCAAGGGUGAAAUUCCAUUGGACCUUGCAGCGUGCCAGCAUCUUCAGAUACUUAGCAUCCCGGGAAAUCUAUUUGUGGAUGUGGUGCCGACAUGGCUAGCUAAGCUAUCUCAACUCACGGGGAUUUCAAUGGGUGGAAAUGACCUCGUUGGCCCAAUACCGGCUGUGCUCAGCAAUCUUACCAUGCUCACUUUGCUUGACCUUUCAUUCUCCAACCUAAGCGGUGAGGUUCCGGUGGAAUUGGGAGAACUGACGCAACUUACAAAACUGCACCUUUCCCAUAAUCAACUAACAGGCCCCAUCCCAGAUUCUCUUGGAAAUUUGUCAGAAAUCUUGGCGACAUUGGACCUAUCAUCGAACAAUCUAUCGGGAACAAUACCGAACUACCUCGCUAACUUCACCUACCUUUCUUAUCUGAACCUCUCCUUCAAUAGGUUGGAAGGGAAAAUACCAGUUGGAGGUGUUUUCUCAAACAUUACCUUGCAAGCUUUGGUUGGAAAUGUCGGGCUAUGUGGUGCUCCUCCUGUCACCAUUGGAGCUGGGUUAUCUGUAGCUUGUUUGUAUCUAAUGAACAAAAAGAAACAUAAUAAGAAGCCAUAUGUGAUGGCUUCUACUGGUCCGAUUAGUCAUAGGUUAGUAUCAUACCACGAGAUUUCUCGUGCCACUAAAAAUUUCAGUGAGGAUAACCUACUCGGAGCAGGAAGUUUUGGAAAAGUUUUCAAGGGCCAGCUAGAUGAUGGUUUGGUGGUUGCGAUAAAAGUGCUCAAUAUGCAAGUCGAGCAGGCCGUGAGGAGCUUUGAUGCUGAAUGUCAAGUGUUACGGAUGGCUCGGCAUCGCAACCUAAUACAUAUAUUUAAUACCUGCUCCAACCUGGACUUCAGGGCAUUGUUACUUCAGUACAUGUCUAAUGGUAACUUGGAGGCACACUUGCACACUGAAAAUAGGAAACCAUUAGGAUUGAUCGAGAGAUUGGACAUUAUACUUGGUGUGUCAGAGGCAAUGGAUUAUCUGCACCACCACCACUAUCAAGUUGUCCUACACUGCGACUUGAAGCCUAGCAAUGUGCUGUUCGAUGAGAACAUGACGGUGCAUGUUGCCGACUUUGGCCUUGCAAAGUUACUUCUAGGCAAUGAAAACUCCAUGGUUUCAACAAGUACGCCUGGGACAAUCGGGUACAUGGCCCCAGGUAUGUCUUUGAAUUGCAAUUUUCUCGUGUCGAUAUUCAAGAUGGGUCUAGAGUGUUCCAGCGAUUCCCCCGGCCAGAGGCCGAGCAUGGGCGACGUGGUCACGAGGCUGAAGAACAUCAAGAAGGAUUAUUAUGCUUUCAUGGUAGCAACUCGAAGUGUGCAGCAACAAUACAGAAAUGGUAAUGUGUAG